AUGUUCGCGGGGCCGCCGGCCGCCCGCGGGCUCCUGCCGCUGCUGCCGCUGCUGCCGCUGCCGCAGGUGGCGCCGGGCCUCGCGGAGGGCGGCUGCGACCCCUCGGAGCAGUGCCCGCCCCAGGCCCGCUGGAGCAGCCUGUGGCACGUGGGGCUUGUCCUGCUUGCUGUCGUCCUGCUGUUGCUGUGUGGGGUCACAGCCAGCUGUGUCCGGUUCUGCUGCCUCCGGAAGCGGGCGCACGCCCAGCCACACCUGUCCCCAGCACUUCGUCCCGGCGACCUGACGGUCAUCCCUGCAGACAGCGACAGUCCCGCACACAGCACUGUCACCUCCUACAGCUCCGUCCAGGACCCGCUGGGCUUGAGGAUGCCCCUGCCCUUUGCGGAGCUGGACCUGGACUCCAUGACCCCACCUGCCUACAGUCUGUACGCUCCGGAGAUGCCGCCCUCUUAUGAUGAGGCCAUCAGGAUGGCCAAACCCAGACAGGAAGAGUUGCCCCCCUCCCAGUAGCCCAGACGCCCCCUCUCUGGGAGCCCGGGGCCCCUCAAAGGGGUGCAGGGAAACUCUUCAAGCCUCCCAAUACCGCCAGCCGUUCUGUGCUGAGGGGACCAGUGCAGAGACACUUGGCGCCAGGGACCCCAGGCAAGGCCGGCCGUCCAGCACGUUGCUGCAGCCCUGGCCUCGUUGCUAUGUGACGGCCCCUGGCCCAGUCCCAGCAGGCCUGGUCCCAGAGGAGGUCUCACAGGCAAAGCCUCAGGUCUCGGGGCCUGCGGAGCCGUCCCAGCGCUUUGGAGAGAAUAAAGUUCGCAUCUAAGUGGUGUCUGCUGUGGGCAAGGCGGGCGCCCGAGCUGGCCCGCAGGCUGUCCUGAGCCCAGAGCAGGUGUCGCACAGCGGGAUUGGCAUGCCCAAGGCCGGCCCUGAAAACCCUGUCCUCUCCAGACCCACAUCCCAUAGUCUCCUCUCCAGGCUGGAGACAGCGAAGCAGCACACAUCUGGCUGGAGAGUUUACUGUCCAUGGCAAGGGCAGGAGCGGGGCAGGGCGGACCCGGCGGCACGGGGGUGGCAGUGU